CAACAAGGAGGAGCAGAAAGAGGGAGGCGGGGAGACCAGGAAUUAGAGGCCCUGAGCAGACCACAGAAGGAGGUGGAGACUAAAGGCUCUUUUGCAGCCUGCCAGACCUCCUUCAGGAAGAGUGCUAAAGGAAAGGGGACGCAGGCUCUUUCAGGACAGGCGAGCUUCCACCUGCAUGGUACUGGCUCCAUUUCAGUCCCUUCAGCAUGGUGGGCACCAACAGCAGUGGCUCGAGCGCCACGUACUUCAUCUUAAUAGGCCUCCCAGGACUGGAAGAGGCUCAGUUUUGGUUGGCUUUCCCACUGUGCUCCCUCUACCUUAUCGCUGUGCUAGGCAACUUGACAAUCAUCUACAUUGUGAGGACAGAGCACAGCCUGCAUGAACCGAUGUAUAUCUUUCUUUGUAUGCUCUCUGGCCUGGACAUCCUUAUUUCCACCUCAUCCAUGCCAAAAAUGAUGGCCAUUUUUUGGUUCAAUUCCACUACCAUCCAGUUUGAUGCUUGUCUGGUUCAGAUGUUUGCCAUCCAUUCCUUGUCUGGCAUGGAGUCCACAGUGCUGCUGGCCAUGGCCUUUGAUCGCUAUGUGGCCAUUUGCCAUCCUCUUCGCCAUGCCACCGUGCUCACAUUGCCUCGCGUUGCCAAGAUUGGUAUGGCUGCUGUGGUCAGGGGUGCUGCGCUGAUGGCUCCCUUACCUGUCUUCAUCAAAAGGCUGCCUUUCUGUGAUUCCAACAUCCUUUCUCAUUCCUACUGCCUACACCAAGAUGUGAUGAAGCUGGCAUGUGCUGACAUCCGUGUCAAUGUCAUUUACGGACUCAUUGUCAUCAUCUCUGCCAUUGGCUUGGACUCGCUUCUCAUCUCCUUCUCAUAUUUGCUUAUCCUUAAGACUGUGUUGGGCUUGACACGUGAGGCUCAGGCGAAAGCUUUUGGCACUUGUGUGUCUCACGUGUGUGCUGUCUUCAUAUUCUAUGUGCCUUUCAUUGGAUUGUCAAUGGUGCACCGUUUCAGCAAGAGGCGUGACUCUCUGCUGCCUGUCAUUAUGGCCAACACAUAUCUGCUGGUUCCUCCUGUGCUCAACCCCAUUGUCUAUGGAGUAAAGACAAAGGAGAUCCGGCAGCGCAUCCUGCGUCUUUUUCUUACGAUCACACACACUUCAGAUCGCUAGGAAUCCACGAUGAAACCUCCCUCCAUCUAAAGUUCUGUAAUUCAUACUGUAAUAUCAGCAUCUUGGAAGACAGUAUUAAGAAAACAAAUCUUUCUUAAUUCAAUCAUAGCUCAGAUCUUUCAAAGACGAAACUGGCUGUGGAGUUUCUACGUGGAAUGAAGCAACACCUGAAAUCUACAUUUUCUAAUACCAUAAUCCCUUUUGUUUUUCUUGGCACGAUUAUUAAGAUCAAGUCCUGUGUUUUGAAAGCUAUUACAUCCAAUUUCAUCACCACUCCCAAAUCUCAAUUCAGUUCACUGAUGAUGCCCACAAGUGAAUGCUCACAGUGACAAAUGCGUACAGCAUUCUGAGGUGGAUCAACACAUCCUAAAAUGUUCAUCAAAGGCAUGACAAAAAGAAAAUAAACAAAAGACUAGAAUAAAAUUAUACAACCUGGAUUAAAACUCCAAUUUCCUCGUCAGAAUCCACAACGACUUUGUAUUUCUAAGACGUUAUAACUGGAUUCCUUAUUCAAAACAAUCUUGAAAGAGAUAAUUGUUUUUCUUCUAGGUCCCAGGCCAGAAAAAACACUACAUUUGCUUACAGUAUGAGAUGACACACUUUGUUAUGACAGUUGUCACAGUCAUGAAAGCACUUUUAUGUAUUUAAGUUUAUCAGCUUGUUGUGUGCACCCUGAUGGCACCAAUGGGGAAACUGAUAUUUCAUGGGCAUCAGUGAAUUGAUCAUGGAAGCUCAAAAAUGGAAGAAAAAAAAAGAGUUUUCAUGUGUAAUCUUACGUUAUGUAGAAGAAUUGUUAGACAAGCUGGCAGGAUGUUGAACUGGGAAUUUUCAGAGUCUUUCACUUUUUUUGGAGGAGGCAUUUGGUCCUUUAUUUCCACCUACCUACCUAGUGCUGUUUUGAGGAAUUUCCUAUCAAUAGAACUCAUGCCAGUAAACAUUGCUUCAUGCCUAGCCUAGUCUUCACUGUGCUUGCACAAUGGAAACAGCGUGGUAAGCUGCAGAUUCCCUGUUGUCUGAGGGAUGCUUUAGGAAAAACAGUUGAGAAUAUCCAGCAGUUUGUGGUGGUGUAAAGAGUGGAUUAGUCGCCACAGAGUCAAGAGCAGGAGCAUGAGACCAAGUAGGCUAAAGGACACUGUAGGUCACAUGGCUAACUAGGAAGUAAGACUAGGGAAAACAUGGGUCUGUACAACACGAGGAGCACAUACACAACCAAACGCCACAGAUGUCCAGGGCUGUAGGCAAUGAGGAAACAAGCACUGAAUUCUUACCAACUGUCCUUACCAUGGAGAUAGCCGUGAGCCUACCUAGGUCCUAGUAUCAAGUCACAGCAUUUCCAGGGGUGGGCUGGACACUCACUGUAGGAGCCAAGUGGGAGUAGAUUGAUCAGGGAUUGAGAUCAUUAACUACAGAAAAGUCAUAGUAAGGUCUAGGGUAUUCUUGGUGAGUAUGAGACGCAGGCAGCAAAGUGGGCGCAGGGUAGAACUUCCUAGCCAUGGCUAGCAGCACAGAGAGCCCACUUAUAUAUCCAACUUCUUUGCUGUACUCCAGACAUAUAAGGAUUGUGUGUAUGACAAAACUGACUAGGGCAAGGUGAGGGGUGGCCAAAGGAAAUAGCAUGAAAUGUACUCAGUGCAAGAUUUGAUCACUUUGAACUGAGAGGAGGAAGGUGGAUAAUCAUUCAUUGUCUAGAAGUGCUCUGACAUUGCAGUUAAAAGAAAGACAAUGAAAAGUAUCAGAGAAACAUGAUUUUCUUAAUUGCAAUGUGUUCACUGUAAACAAAAAUCACAGACUUUCUGAAAAUAUAAAAGAAAUUAAAACAUAAUGAAAAUCUUCAAUCUGUUACUCAAAAGAAUUGAAAAGCCGUUGGUGUUUAUUCUUCCAGGGUUUAGUAUGAAUUUGCCUGCAUACUUCUGUUUGGACAUAUGAUAAGUUUUUUUGUGUGUGUUUUUCUUUUGGUGAUUUUUUUGAGAAAGACUGUGAUGAUGAAGUGCAGGACAGCCUCAACUCACUGUGUAGAAAGACUGUGAUGGUGUGGUUGAGGACAGCCUCAACUCACUGUGUAGCUACGGAUGACCUUGGACUGUUGAUUCUCUCGCAGGCACCUCUCAAGGGCUGGAAUCGAUCCCACGUUGUUUCUGCUUUAUAUUUAUAUUUGCAGUCCCUUUGGAGUUAUUCAUAGAUAAUGCUUGAUGAAUGCAUCAAUUACAGUGGCCAAUUAAUUAUUUUUUGUAGGGAAAGAGUUAGUACUUUAGGUUUCAGAAGAGAUUCCAAGUCACUCUGGUCUGGCACAGGUACUUACCACAGCUCCAAUCUGUA